AUGGACACAUGCUGGGCUACCGGGCCCCAUGGGAGCUCGCUGCACCCAUCCAAGACCCCGCAACAUCUGGAGCUCCAACAUCUGCAGGCCCAGAACCACAGUCCACUUGUGGGACACCUCGGUCCGGCCGGGUCUGCCGGGCAGGGCCGAGCGCUGGUGAAAAAUCGAAAAUCAGAAAGCAAAGCGAGCUCACUCCACAGUGACUCUGCAGAAGGCAGAAACCCUGAUCUCAGAAAUGAAACAUCGUCGUGUAAGAUGGCUGGACUCCUGCUGUGGACGGCCCGGAGCGGACCCCUGCAGUCGAACCCCUGCAGUGGCCCUCAGAUGGACACCGAGAAGGAAACAAGGCCGAGCAAAGCUGACAUGGUGGAGGCUGGGCAGCUGGGCGGGGCUCUGUCUCAGGACGGGACGCCCCGGUCACCACGGACUCGUGGCGGCGUGGAAGUGGCGGAGGGCAGACAGACGCCGCUCGCGGCCGCCGCGCACGGAGAGGAGCAGGAGCCGUGCACGCGCAGCGCCUUGCUGGACCACAGCCGGCGGCACCGGACGGCGUUCACGCGCGAGCAGCUGUCCCGGCUGGAGCAGGAGUACGGCAAGGAGAGCUACGUGUCCCGGCCGCGGCGCUGCGAGCUGGCCACGGCGCUCAACCUGCCGGAAACUACCAUAAAGGUCUGGUUCCAGAACAGGAGGAUGAAGGACAAACGGCAGAGACACUCCCUGCCUUGGCCCCACCCUCUGGUCGACCCGCUGGGAGCGCUCCUGAUGGGCCGCGCCUCCCCCUCCUCCGCCCUGCCUUACCCCUUCAUCCCACCCCACCUGCCCCACCUCCCCCUCCAUCUCUACUCCCCGCUGGCUCUCUCCGCCCCGGCCUCAUCUUCGCCUCACGGAGCCUUCGGCGUUCCCAUGAGGCCCCUGGACGCGCUGCGGCUCUCCCAGUUCCACAGCAGGCCCGGGUUGCCGCCACAGCCGACCACGGGGGCCCUCUACCCGCCUGCCGGCAUCAUGCACCACCCCGCCUCGUGCCCCUGCCCUGUCUGCCUGCACUGGGGAUCGGACCAGCUGUUGAAGGCCGGCGGGGAGGCCGCCGCCCUCGGGCUGAGCCGGCCUCGCAGCCCCAAGGCCAACAUCCAGGCAGCCGGUCUGGACAGGAUAGAGGAGGUGGUGUAA